AUGAUGCCAAGCCGACAAAAUCUAGCGGAACAAACAAGAUCUCUAAUCGAUUCUCUCAAUGCUCGGCAAACAGUAAUCUCAAAUCAGAUAAAAACAAUGACAAAUGACACUCCAGGUAUACUGAAGAAAAGCAAAAGUGUUACAUUUAUUGAUAAUGAACAAUCUGAUUCGAAAGCACUAUCUGAUCGAAUGCCACCAUAUUCGAUUUUAAAACAACCAGAUGAUUCCGACGAUGACACAUGUCCUCUUGAACCAUUUGUGGUGAACGUUCCGGAUAAUAUAUCUCGCGUGGAUAUUGAUCAGUACUUGGAAGAUGUUCAGGUUCAACGACGAAAAGGACUCAACUAUUCUUACAACACAGAAGAGGAAGAGACUGAUGAACAAGAGACGAUGAACAAUGAAUCUCCGAAGCAUUUGCCAAAGAAAAAUGAACCAUGGAACGAACUGAAGCAUUGGCAUUCUUUAUUCGAUGAGGGUAAUGAUCGGGAUGUUUAUUAUAAUACCCUGCGAACAGCGAGCAACCACUCAGAAGUUUGGACUACGGACAGUGUUGAGCAAAUCAAAAAACGUAUCAAAGACCGACAGAAUAUGCCUUUGAAGCAACAACGAAAAUCAACGAGCGUAUCACCAAAAAAACAAGCACAUCAACCAUUGGUGCACCCUCGUCAAAAAGUCCUACUCGGUUACGAUUUUGUGGCCGGUCUACUUGAUAAUGAGCGAUCAUCCGUAUUGACGAAUGAAAAUUCUUUAUCUGAUUCUUACAUAGAUGAAUUAGUCUCGUUUCGAAAGAAGAAUUUAGAUCAAUCAACAUCAUAUUCCUUAUCAAAUGAAGCAGACCUUGCGGAUUUUUCAAAAGAACUUGAACUCGUUCCACCGGAUGGUUAUCAACAUUCUCAUACUUGUAUACACAGUUUUACUGUCAAUGAUCGUCUUUUUACUGUUCCAACUAAUCCGGAUGUGAAUGGACAAAGUUGUUGUCCAAUUUGUUCAUCAGUACGCAAAGAUCCCAACGCUUGUGAACCACAAUAUGCACGUGUCAGCAUUCCAAAAUAUCGUGUCAAUACCAAUACUUACAAGUUCCGUCCACCCAAACGUGCUCAUCUAUCCGAUCUCUCAACAGACAGCGUUGCUCUCGCUAAUCACUGUUUGGCUGGUUUCAAUACUGCUCGAAUUGCUCCUUUGGAUAAAUCGGCUAAAAGUCUUGAUCUACGUACUGAUUCAGACACACAAUUAGAAUUAAGAAAAAUGUCGUUAGAAGAUGUUCAACGACUUGGUUCGAAUCAUGAUAUGUGCGAAAAUGAUCUCCGACGUCGAAGUACAGCACUUCGGUAUCAUAUGAACACGUUAUUUCAAGAACGCUUACGACGCUUACGUAAAACAACUGGCGCAGAUAAUAAUGCGAGUGUCAUUUCUCAAAUUGAUGUUCGUUAA